AUGGAUGACACGUCCCGCUAUCCUGUCGUAAAGAUAUUGUCAUCGCUCACCGGCCAAUCCGUCAUCAAUAGCAUCACCAAGAUCUUCAGCAUCUUCGGAAUUCCAAAGGUGAUCAAAACGGACAACGGACCCCCAUUCCAGAGCCACGACUUCAAGCAAUUCGUCCACACGCUAGGAUUCCACCAUAAGCGUAUUACACCGCACUGGCCGCAAGCGAAUGGGGAAGUGAAGAGAUUCAUGCGAACAUUGAAAUGGUUCAUACGAGCGACAACACUGGAAAACAAUAGCUGGACCUCCAAGCUGGGCGAAUUCUUGAUGGCCUACAGGGCAACACCCCAUUCAGCAACUGGAACCCCACCUUUCGAUGUGCUUUUCGGCAGGUCCAUGGGAUAUCUUCUUCCAAGCUGCUCCAAUGACAACCCACCUCGAAGUGGCAAGACACAGAUCUCCAAAAUCGCACAAAACACAAGAUAUACGCUGACAAACGUAGGCACGCCCGGCCUCACAACCUCACUGUGGGAGACCUAG